UCCUCUGCUCCUGUCUGCUUAAAGUGUUGGUGAAGCUGCUGUGAGACACUGCAACCAUGGCUGCUACUGGAUGUUUCCGCAUGGUGUCGGAGGAUGAGCAGGCCAUGAGGGCUAAACUGGAGCAUUUGACAGUGAAGGAUCAUGGGCCGGUGUUUGGGCCGUGCCACAAACUGCCUGGACACACUGUGCAAAAGGCGAAGGAUGAGCUGAGUGAGACGGAUGAGAGGCGGGCGUCGUCACUGAAGGACCUGCGGGCCAUGAUGAACGAGAGAGCGGCGGAAGGAGACGACCUGGCUAAGCUGGUGCUGGAGCGUUUCGGGGACAAACCGGACUCUCUGCUGCUGCGCUUCCUCAGAGCUCGCAAGUUUGAGGUUGUCAGAGCCCACGAGCUCAUGAAGGGUUAUGUGCGCUUCAGAAAGGAGUAUCCUGAGCUGUUUGAGAACCUGACCCCUGAAGCAGUCCGCAGCACCAUUGAGGCGGGUUACCCCGUGGUUCUACCCAGCCGGGACAAGUACGGCCGCGUGGUACUGCUCUUCAACAUCGAGAAUUGGGAUCUGGAGGAGAUCACAUUCGAUGAGAUCUUAAGAGCAUACUGUGUGAUUCUGGAGAAGCUGCUGGAAAAUGAAGAAACUCAGAUCAAUGGUUUUGUCCUGAUUGAGAAUUUCAAAGGCUUCACCAUGCAGCAUGCCUCAGGAAUAAAGCCGGCCGAGCUCAAGAAGAUGGUGGACAUGCUGCAGGACUCUUUCCCAGCACGGUUUAAGGCGGUCCACGUUACCCAUCAGCCCUGGUACUUCACCACUACAUACAACGUGGUCAAACCCUUUAUGAAAAGCAAGCUGCUGGAGAGGGUCUUUGUUCACGGCGACGAGCUCGACAACUACUUCAAAGAUUUCGACGCAGACAUCCUGCCAGCAGACUUUGAUGGGAAAGCCUCUGUCGCAGACUGCCAGGCCAUCGCCAACAAGCUUUUUGGCUCUGAAGACACUGCUCUCUGAAAGAACAGUCCUCCCAUUUCAAACAAGAGAGUUAUAGAGUCCUUCGUCCUAGGUGCUUCUUUUGUGAUCAGAUCAGGUCUAUUUUGAAGCUAGGUUUCUUUUAUUAUUAAGAGCAAAAAGAAGUGUCUAGAGUUAGGAGCAGGGGGUGGUUUGCAAACAAGUAAAAAAAUGUUGAUAUAAAUGGGAAAGAAACAGGAUGUUUAGUUACUACAGAGAGAAUAACUGAUGGUUAAUGUGCACCGACGUUCGCCGUUGCUUAACGAGCCGAGGGAAAACAAGAGAGCUGAUUAUGUGAUGAUGUAGCUCACAUCCAGAGUGAGUCAGUUUGAUUUGUUCUUCGCCUUAAAAAUGAAUUUCACAGCAUACAGAACAGCUUUGUGCCUACGAUCCUGUCAGUUGAGUGAGAACAGAAGUGCAUCACAGUCUCAGGGGUUCAGAAAGAUAUGAAGAGGGAAACUGAUGACAGAUAUGCCUGCAUUUGAUUAUUGUUUUAGGGGAAGGAGCCUCCUGAUGCAGUGCCAUGGAAACAGUCUCAACAGCCUUGUUUGAGUUGAGACUCUCAGAUGCCUCAUGAACCACAAAGAUCCAUUCUGCAGUUUGCAUUGGAUUGGGAAAUCUUCAAAUAAAUAGUUUUUUCUUGUGUGUGUCUGUUGUUUAAUAUGAACUAUCUUUUUUUAUCAUUUGUUUUCCUGUUAUUUCAUCUAACCUGAUGCAGUUUCAGAACAUGAGAUUUACCAGCUGAACCCACAGACUGCACACUGAUUAGCCAUAACAUUACCAGUAACAGGUGAAGUAAAUAGUUACAAUUAGUUACAACAUUCUGCUGGGAAAUUUUGGGUCCUGGUAUUCAUGUAGAUACCCCUUCAUGGCAACAGCACUCCCUGAUGGCAGUA